CUUCAUGACAGCAUCUCCGAGGAGGGGCACCACUACCUGAUCUUCGACCUGGUCACCGGAGGGGAGCUGUUUGAGGACAUUGUGGCCCGCGAGUAUUACAGUGAGGCCGAUGCCAGUCACUGUAUCCAGCAGAUCCUGGAGGCUGUGCUCCACUGCCACCAGAUGGGGGUGGUACACAGGGACCUGAAGCCGGAGAAUCUGCUGUUGGCCUCCAAGCUCAAGGGCGCCGCGGUGAAGCUGGCGGACUUUGGCCUGGCCAUAGAGGUGGAGGGGGAGCAGCAGGCAUGGUUUGGCUUCGCAGGGACACCCGGAUACCUCUCCCCGGAAGUGCUGCGCAAGGACCCGUACGGGAAGCCUGUGGACCUGUGGGCCUGCGGGGUCAUCCUGUACAUCCUGCUGGUGGGGUACCCCCCGUUCUGGGAUGAGGACCAGCACCGCCUGUACCAGCAGAUCAAAGCCGGCGCCUAUGACUUCCCUUCGCCGGAAUGGGACACCGUCACCCCGGAAGCCAAGGAUCUGAUCAACAAGAUGCUCACCAUCAACCCCUCCAAGCGCAUCACGGCCGCCGAGGCCCUCAAGCACCCCUGGAUCUCGCACCGGUCCACCGUGGCCUCCUGCAUGCACAGACAGGAGACCGUGGACUGCCUGAAGAAGUUCAACGCCAGGAGGAAACUGAAGGGAGCUAUCCUCACCACCAUGCUGGCCACCAGGAACUUCUCUGGUGGGAAGAGUGGCGGAAACAAGAAGAAUGACGGCGUGAAGAAAAGAAAGUCCAGUUCCAGCGUUCAGUUAAUGGAAUCUUCUGAGAGCACCAACACCACCAUCGAGGACGAAGACACCAAAGUGCGGAAACAGGAGAUUAUCAAGGUGACAGAGCAGCUGAUUGAAGCCAUAAGCAAUGGAGAUUUUGAGUCCUACACGAAGAUGUGUGACCCUGGGAUGACGGCUUUCGAACCCGAGGCCCUGGGGAACCUGGUCGAGGGCCUGGACUUCCACCGAUUCUAUUUUGAAAACCUGUGGUCCCGGAACAGCAAGCCGGUGCACACCACCAUUCUGAACCCCCACAUCCACCUGAUGGGUGACGAGUCGGCCUGCAUCGCCUACAUCCGCAUCACCCAGUACCUGGACGCCGGCGGCAUCCCCCGCACGGCCCAGUCGGAGGAGACCCGCGUCUGGCACCGCCGGGAUGGCAAAUGGCAGAUCGUGCACUUCCACCGAUCGGGGGCGCCCUCCGUCCUGCCCCACUGAGGGGCCGGGCAUGCCCCGCAUCGCAGAGGCCUGCCCCUCGUGUGUGGAAUACGCGGCUGCUGGUUCUCCCACUUGGAUUUUGCUGGAAUCCUCAUCACAUCACACCCGCCACCACCAUGAUGUCACCUUCAUUCCCGCGUCAAGAAAACCUGCCUGUUCGCAAACACCAUCCCGCCUUCGGAGCAAAGGGCCACGUCUCCCGCCCCUACCCGUCACUCCGGCUCUCGGUCCCCUGCAGGGCGGGGCUUCCUCAGGCCCAGGUGCCCGGGUGCCCGGGUGCUGCCCCCCCCGCCCCCCGCGGUCGCUGGCCUGGUCUUGCCUUGGCUCUAGGCCAGAGCUGUGUGUUCACGGGGGCUGGGGAGGGACGUGGCCCCCGCCAGCCCCUCUCCCUGAGCCUUCCCCUUCCAGAGGCCCCCCCCCACCACCACCGGGAAAGCAGACGGACGGCCCACCCGCCCCCAGCAGCCCGCCUUUGGGAGAGGGUGUGAGAGCCUCCUGCCUUCCUCACUCUUCUGUCCUGCCUGCCUCCCGCUCAGGGAGGGCGUGUGGCCCCCGUGCGGUCCCCCGGGCCCCGCUUCCCGCCGUCUGCCUUCUCCAGUGUCUACCCCCCAGCGCCAACGGCCCAGCCCACCCUUCCAUCAGGCCCAGAGAAACCCAGCUUGGUCACAUCCCAGGGAGAGAGUCUGACUGCUCUGGGGUAAAAGAAACCGGCGCGGAGGCCCUUCUCGGCCGGCAGGCCUCCUACCGCCGGACUCCUGCGCGUGUCAUUAACGGGUGUCGUGUUGACACCAUCGCGUGACAACCGGGCCUCUCGAGUUAGGCAAGAAGGGCGGGCGGGGAG